AUGGCGAAAGUCAAUGUUUAUCAUUCCCUCCCGAAGGACCUGAGCAACCAGAAGGUUGUCGCCGAGUCCAUUCGGCCGGUCACCACCGCCGACCUCCGAUCGCUCCUCCGCAAAGAGGGCCCCCAUCGCCCCAUCAAGGAUAGGAUCGCCAAGCUCGAACUCCGGAAGCCUGACUACUACACAGGGGCACCAUGGAAGCUCAUUCGCGACGAUGCGAUCUUGUUCGUGAGAAAUAUCCCUUACCUACUUGGCAUCGUCCUCCCUCUGUUUGAGAAGCCGCCUACGCGGUCAUUCGACAUUGAGCGUACCGAUGAUCAGGGCUUCAGCAUCAAUCGUCUUAGGCGCCAAUUCGAGGCUUUUGCGCAACGAUACUUCCAUUCUGGCCCCCUCGAUGAGCUCUACCCGUCCUUCGCCAACAUCUAUGACAUGACCUUCCACCUCAUCCUCAUCAUCGCCCAGUCCACCUUUCUCAUCUCGCUCCCAUUCUUGUCCUUCUUCUCCUUCAAUCUUGUCGUCGCUUACAUUAUUGGCUUCGUCACCUUGAACUACUUCGUGUGCUAUGCGCUGAAUGGCUACAUGCCCGAUGGAUAUAUCCAAUCCACCGACUUUCCGGAAGCCAGUCUUUGGGACGAAGAGCACAGCAAAGAGCAAUGGAUCUUCCUUAACGGAGUCGCAGUCGGACAACACUGGUUGCGAAGCAACAUCGACCGAAUCUCCUUGACCUUCCAUCGCAGAUACCGUGCCGGCAUUAUCUUCGAUGUCAUUCAAUGCCUCCUCGAGCGUUGCUUAUACUUUGGCACCUCCGACACUAGAGCCUGCUUCGCUCUGAUCUCGGAGGCCCUUAUGCAUCCCGAAAAGGAGAAGGUGGUGCUGGUCCUCCACUCCCAGGGCGGGCUCGAAGGCAGUAUCAUCUUGGACUGGCUCAUCAAUCAACAUCCCCGAGACAUCCUUCAAAAGCUGGAGAUCUAUACCUUCGGUAAUGUUGCAAAUCACUUCAACAACCCGCGCGUGUUCAAGACCGACCACGGCGAGCACGAUGGCCGCAAUCGCGCCAUCCGCCACAUCGAGCACUACGCCAACUCGUUUGACUUCGUGUCGAGAUGGGGUGUCAUGCACUUCAAGAAGAAGACCGCCGAUCAGCAAGACCGCUCUGUCAUCUACAACCUGAACGCGGCUGUCCUGUCCGGCCGCACCGAACCCAAGAAGCACCUCAGCAAGAGGCAGAUCAAGGAGAACAACAAACUCGAGAAGGCGUGGAACUCGUAUAGUGGAGCCCUGUUCGAGCGCAUCGGUUCUGGUCACCAGUUAAACCAGCACUACCUUGAUAAUAUGUUCCCACUCGACAAGGGUCUCACGAAGGUCCAGCAGAAUGGCGACGGCUCCCCUCUACCAAACACGUUCAUGGAUGCCGAGGUCAAUGUGUACAACGAUCCUAAGCAGAUCAACAGGCUAAGGAACCUGCAGAAUGGAUUCUACGGCCAUGAACACAAUGGUGAACACCAUGGUAUCAAUGGAGAUGUCACUAUCAAGAAGGUGUAUCAGCUGAGUCGUCUUUGGAAGUACGUCAAUGGCAAUAGUCCCAAAGAAGAAGAGUAUGCAGGAGAGUAUUAG